UUUUUUUUGCUUUGCUUGUAGCAGGCCCAUCAAAUUUUGUGGUUUACACUUAUGACUCACUCAUUUACUUUUUCUUCUCUCCACCCUUAUGGUCUCUAGUAUCAGUAACUCUCACAUUUACAGCAUGAUGCCGCAGCUUUUCUUUGUCUCUCUCACACCAUGAAGCAGAUGUUACUAAUCAGUCUGCCAGGCAACUGUGUCUGAUGUGCAAAGCCCUGAGGUACAAGGGGAAGUGCGGUGCUCAGCAGGUUCCAGGGAGCACUUGCUUCAUUGCAGCUGCAGUCUCCUGCUGCAUACCCUCCAGCUCCACAUCACCCAACGCUAAACGUGUGCUCAUGGGACUUGACACUGAGAGACUACAAACAGUGGGCAAUUAAAUAGUUGAGAGGUCAACAACUUAUUUAUAACAUGUUCUGUCUGGGCACCCCCUGUGGCACUGUGAAGGCAGGGGUUAAGAAAGAGAUUAAGAAGAAAUGCUGUGCCAAGGAUAUUGUUGAUUUUACCUUUUGUUUUUAAAGGGUAUUUUUAAGGUGCUAUGAAAAUCAAAUAAAUACAUGGAUAUAAGACCAGGGAGACCUCAGUGCUAUUACAUGCUUCCUGCGUGACUAGCAGCGUAAAAUACUCAGUUCUACCUGUAUUAUCCAUGAUAGUGAGUGAUUUCUCUCAAAUAGGCAAAAAAUUUUGUACUAAAGAGUACAAAAUUACAAAUUCUGCUUUGAUGAAGUUAAUGAGAAAUCUCCUGCUGACUUACAUGGGAUACAUUUCAAAGAAUUUGUAAAUACCUAUUAAAUGGGGUCAUGAUGAGCCCAUGAUCUCAGCAUGAAAAGCUAUAUUCCAUUCUCAUUCUGUGGCUCUAGCCAGCCAUACUACUCCAGAUGUUGAAACAGCAGACUGCUAAUGAAGAAUUACUGUAUUACUAAUAACAAAUGCUAGAUGAGAUAUGCUGAGGUGUUCAAGGUCUGCUCUUGAAUGCUGGCUUACGUUCUCCUUUGUUGUUUGGUGUAAGAAAGAUUCAAGCAAUAAUCACUUGGUAUUAAAAUAGAAUCAUAUAAAAUGUCUAUGUAAAUAUAUUUGAAGUGUAUUCAACCCCUUUUAAAUACAGCUUUGAAAGAAACCAUGGAAUUGUAGUUCUAUUUUAAACCCCAAACUAUUAUUUACACUUCUGCUGAUUAUUUUCCUUGUUUUUCUUAAAAUUAUUUCAGGAAGGUGAUAAAAGUAAACAGAUUUAUUAUCUGACAGCCUUAGUCCAGGCUUCAGUAGAAAAUAAGAAGCUGAUGUAGACUUGCAUAAACACCCCAAAUUCAAACCAGUCACACUCAGUACUUUAUUUAUUUAGAUUUGCCUGUUGAUUCCUUUUAUCUUGCAGUUCUCCUUUGAGCCCAGACUUACCCAUAAGGCUUAUGGAUGUUUGUCUUCUUUUUAUUCUACCUGCCUUCCCUGAGACCAUACAAUAUUCAGGAAAGACCAAGAACCCUACACAGAAAUGAUAGCUCAGAGUCCUUCAGUGCAUGGCUUUUGGCAAUGCCAUUUAAAAUUUAGCUUUGGUCCCAUAGGUCUGACAUGUGGCCUUCAGCUUUGCUAAUCCUUGUGUGAUGCAAGAGGUUGAAUCACAAUAAGUAUGAAUAUGUUUGAGCCCCAUUUGUAGAGCCGUCUUACAAAGAAGCAAAGGGCAAUGAGACCCGUGCUGCCAGAGAGCAAUGUGUCUAGGGCAGACCUGGGGUGCUUUGGUGUGUAAUGCUGGGUGAGUAUGAACAGACAAACUUUGUGCUGAGUCUACUCUGUAAGUAAAAACAAAGGCUUUGGUCUGGAGGAUUGCAAGUCAGACAUUUUUGCCACACAUAAAGUGUUUCAAUGGUAAAAGCUAAAGGAAUAAAAUUGGUUUCUUAUCACAGAAGAAAAUAUACCAUUGAUUUAUGAGCCUAGCCACCAGAAAUGAUUUUGCAAUUUAACCAGAGAUGUAGGGCAAUGCAAAUAUGAAGUAACCAUCUGUUUUCCUCUAGGCUUUAAUGAACCUUGUAUUUUAUUUCCAUUUAAAAGUGUUGUCUUUACAGUCCAUUUGUCCCCUCCUCUUCCUUCUCUUAGCUCAUCCGCUUGAUGAAGAGUUAGUGCCCUUACAGGACAAGGUUUCAGGUAAUGUUUCGGUUUUAUAGCCUCAACCUUACCAUAAGCAAACAUUCACAGCAACCUUUAGCCUCUCUCCUUUCCUGAGUUUUGCUGUUGUUAGUUUUUCACAAACAGAAGUGCAGCUAGCACACUGGAGGGGCAGGCAGAGGUGGAGGCGGGUAGGGGGAUAAGGAAGUGCCUGAGAGAAGGAUCAUACAGCCUGUCUUUGAAUCUACGGUGUGGAGAUCUCUUUCAUCCCAUCCAGGAACAAAACCAGUGUAGAGUAUCUGAAAGGAAGAGGGUUGGAAGGGAAACAGAAAAGAGAGAGCACACACAAUGGAUCUAAACUGAACAGUAAUGAAGAAACAGAUGUUGGGUCUGGCCCUUGGGCCUUUGUUUUUCUCACUUCAGCUGCUGCAGCAAGUUUGUUCAAAUGAAUGUAGAAACAAUAAUUAUGUGAUCAAUGUAAUGCUCAUGAAUUACUCGGACUUCCCAUCAACUACUGAUAAUUUGAAAUUAGCUGUGAAGCAAGCCUUGAAAAGGGUACAAAAUGAAGUCCAGCUGAGAGGUAAGGUGACAGGUGUUGGCUAUUCUUCUCCUGCUGUGGUUCCUUGUGACACUUUGUGCCACAGCUUUCUACUCAUCUGCUCUUCAGCAAACUGCUCCUCCAACAGGCUCGCUGCUUAGCUAUUCACUUUAUAUAGAUCUUACAGAAACAACGACCUUCCUCUGUGAAAAACAGAAGUUUUGCCCACACAUGGGCAGAACCAUAUUUGCUUUAAUGGUGUUUGGGCAGAUUCUUUCUGCAUGCUUUUCUGGAGAUAUUCAUUUUGAUGCAGAGGUAUGGGAAUUGCUGAACUGGAUCAGGCAAGACCAGUGAUCCAUCUAGUGCGGAAACUGGGACGCCCUUGCUUCCUCUCCUGACUGUAUUAGCUUGUACUUUCUGAAAAUAACUUUCGUCUUGACCCCAUCUGUUUACCACAUUAUGACUUGAAGUGUGAAGAAUGUGCAGUCUAUAUGUUUUUCCUUCAUUUAGAAUCACUGCAGAAGAUGCUUUUAUUUAUUUUUAUAUAUUACCUCUUCUUUCAGUAUCACCAAUCUACUAUCAUUCUCUAGAAUAUCAUAGGGAAAGAGGUUCCAGAAAAAUGGUAUCCAUUCCCUUUCUGCCCUCUACUUGAAGAGACUUUGUCAAUUUCAUUGGAAAGUGGUCUCUCAGUUACUUCAUGCAGAGUCUUAAAAAAUGUCUCUAAUGAUGGCUAACACUAAAAGUACUUUGUAUUGAAAGUACUAAGGCUCAACAACAGAAAUAAACAGUCCACACUGCAAAUUUUGGAGCAAAUUUUACAGUCUUAUCCUAAGCAGUGGGGGUUAGGUGGUACAUGGACUUUCUUGCAGGUUUUUGGUGGGAGACAACCUAGAACAAGACUGCUCAGACCUGUGUAUUAGUGAUUAUCUGCAACUCAUAAUGCUGUUUAUUUUUGUGUUUGCAUUACAGAAGAAAAUGUUACAGUCAGUGCCACUUUCCACAGCUUUACCUCAUCACUCUAUGUCUCACAAGGCUGUCGUACCAGCACCUGUGAAGGUGUGGAGCUCAUCAAGCAGAUUUAUAAUAGUGGCACGCUUGGUUGUGUUGUAAUAGGACCCGCUUGCACUUAUGCCACCUAUCAAAUGGUCUCAGUUGAAACAGUACUGAGCCUGCCUCUGAUCUCUGUAGGGAGUUUUGGGCUGUCCUGUGACUACAAAGUAAACCUAACACGCCUUCUGACCCCAGCCAGGAAAGUGAAUGACUUCUUCUAUUAUUUUUGGAAAGAAUCUCAGCUACCAUUCAAAACCAUAACCUGGGAAUCUGUUUAUAUUUACAAGAGGAAUGAAAACUCGGAGCCAUGCCUCUGGUAUAUUAACGCACUAGAUGCUGGAAUCACACUCUUCUCUGAAAAACUGAAGUACAAGGAGAUUUUAAGGACUCCAGAGCAGCUCCAAAACACUGUGACAGAUCCAAACCGAAAAAGCAAUGUGAUCAUCAUGUGUGGCUCUCCAGUUGAUGUCAGCACAGACCUAGGGACGGAGGAAGUGGAUAAGGACAUUGUUAUCAUCCUGAUAGAUCUCUUCAAUAAUAUGUACUUCAGGAACAACAUCUCAGCCCAUUACAUGCAGAAUGUACUUGUUCUGACUCUGGCACCAGCUAAUUACAGCUCGAAUACUGUAACGACUGAGGAGGCCGUUCUGAUGGAAGAUGACUUUGUUGCUGGAUACUUUAAUGCAGUCUUGCUGUUUGGACAUAUUCUGAAGAAAUUUAUCUCCUCCCAGAGCCCAGUGUCGUCUCUUAGUUUCAUCAACGAAUCCCGAAAUAUCACUUUUGAAGGUGUUCUGGGUCCUGUGACUCUAGAUGAAUUUGGAGACAUUGAUACGAAUUUGACGCUGCUGUACACGUCACAGACUGCAAAUCAUUUCAAAACUCUUCUAUAUUUCAACACUCACAACAACGAGACACACAUGGAGACUGCCAGUCCUGAUUUUGUCUGGAAGAACCACAAGCUGCCCAGUGAUACUCCAAGCACUGGCCCACACAUCUUGACUGUUGCUGUUUUUACACUCACAGGAAUUGUGAUUCUGGUUCUGAUCAUCUCUUUGCUGAUUCUAAGGAAAUACAGGAGAGACAAUGAGCGCCGGUGGAAGAAAUGGUCCCAUAUACCACCUGAGAAAAUCUUGCCUCUGGAAACCAGUGAGACAAGUCACGUUAGUUUGAAGAUCGAUGACGAUAAGAGACCUGACACCACCCAGAGACUGCGCCAAGGCAAAUAUGACAAGAAGGUGGUGAUCUUAAAGGAUCUCAAAAACAGUGAUGGUAAUUUCUCAGAGAAGCAAAAAAUAGAACUGAACAAGCUCCUACAGAUUGAUUAUUACAACCUGACGAAGUUCUACGGCACAGUGAAGAUAGACGCCAUGAUCUUUGGGGUGAUUGAAUACUGCGAAAGAGGUUCUCUGCGGGAUGUUUUAAAUGAUAAAAUCUCUUACCCUGAUGGCACGUUCAUGGACUGGGAAUUUAAAAUCUCUGUCAUGUAUGAUAUUGCCAAGGGGAUGUCUUACCUGCACUCGAGCAAAACUGAAGUCCAUGGUAGACUCAAAUCCACAAACUGUGUAGUAGACAAUCGCAUGGUAGUGAAGAUCACUGAUUUUGGCUGUAAUUCAAUUCUGCCUCCAAGAAAAGACCUGUGGACAGCUCCUGAGCAUCUCCGUCAUGCUGAUGUAUCUCAGAAGGGUGAUGUGUACAGCUAUGGGAUCAUUGCUCAAGAAAUUAUUCUACGCAGGGAGACCUUCUACACCAGACACUGCUGGGACAGCAAAGAGAAACUUCACAGAGUGGAGAGUGGCAAAGGAGUGAAGCCUUUCCGACCAGACCUGUCAUUGGAAACAGUGGGAGAAAGACAGAUGGAAGUGUAUACACUAGUGAAGAGCUGCUGGGAAGAAGAUCCAGAGAAAAGGCCAGACUUUAAGAAAAUUGAGAAUACUUUGGCUAAAAUAUUCAGUAACUACCAUGGCCAGACCAAUGAAAGCUACAUGGAUACCCUGAUCCGGCGUUUACAGCUGUAUUCCCGGAAUCUGGAGCACCUGGUGGAGGAAAGGACAGAGCUAUAUAAAGCAGAGCGAGACAGAGCAGACAGGCUUAACUUCAUGUUACUUCCAAGGCCAGUAGUAAAGUCUUUGAAGGAAACUGGUCUGGUAGAACCAGAGCUAUUUGAAGAAGUCACUAUCUACUUCAGUGACAUUGUUGGCUUCACUACACUCUGCAAAUACAGCACCCCUAUGGAGGUGGUAGAUAUGCUGAAUGAUAUUUAUAAGAACUUUGACCACAUUCUUGACCAUCAUGAUGUUUACAAGGUGGAGACCAUUGGUGAUGCUUACAUGGUGGUGAGUGGUUUACCUAACAGGAAUGGCAACCGGCAUGCAGUAGACAUCUCCAUGAUGGCUCUGGACAUCCUGAGCUUCAUGGGAUCUUUUGAACUGAGGCAUCUGCCAGGUCUGCCUGUUUGGAUUCGAAUUGGAAUUCACUCUGGUCCAUGUGCAGCUGGUGUGGUUGGAAUAAAAAUGCCUCGUUACUGUUUGUUUGGAGAUACGGUGAACACAGCUUCGCGGAUGGAAUCCACGGGUUUGCCUUUAAGGAUUCAUGUAAGUGGUUCCACUAUUAACAUCCUGAAAAGAACAGACUGCCCAUUCCAGUAUGAAGUGAGAGGAGAAACGUACUUGAAGGGCAGAGGAACAGAGAUCACCUACUGGUUGACGGGUUCUGAGGACAAGAAAUACAAUCUCCCAACACCUCCUUCUGUGGAGAACCAGCAGCGGUUACAGGAUGACCUAGCAGAGAUGAUAACUGAUAUUCUUCAGAAAAGGAAAAAUGAAGCAUCCAAGACACGUAAGCUUUCACGGGUAGCUAGUUACCGAUCGGGUACCCUGGAAUACCUGCAGCUGGUCAGCACAGAGAAUUAUGACACAUAUAUUUAAAACUGGGUGUCUAGUAUGACUCAGAAAGCUGCAGCAACUCUCUGAAGGACUUCAUAAAAAGCCUGGAGGCUUAUACUCUCAGCUAGAGGAGAAGGAAAAUAUCUUUUCAAGCAUCCUUUCAACCAGCUGACCUGCUAUCAGCAAAUCAAACCUCUCUUCAUUGUAAUGUUGAAAUUGUUGGAUGACUUCAGUACGACACAUGCAACCUGACUUGAGGUAAAUGAAAGUAUCUGCACCUGAGUCUGGAAAAUAUUUGGUUUUGUUUGUUUUGGUUAUUUUUUUAAAUGGGACAGCCUGUUCAAUAAUCCACUUCUGAAAAUAUUCAUAGCAAAGCCUUAAUUUGCCAUGAUUUUUAGAUGUUGUAUUUAAUUUGCAAUUUCUAUUUGAAGAAAGAUUUGGUGUAAUAUAUUUGAAAAUAUCAUUAAACAUGUAAUACGUAAAUCCUGGAUAUGUUGCCAUUUUGCUUCUUCUGUUUUUUUCCCCUGUGUCUCACAUGUUUUGUUUGGUCAAGUUGACAUUGUUCAAGAGACAACACUUCUGUUAUUUACCUUGGGAGAUUACUCCAGAAGCUGUAUGGUUUCUAAGCUUACCUGAAUCUCUUGCGCUUGCAAAAUGAGACUGGAAAUCUUGCAAAAACAGACACUUUCAUAUCUUUUCUCCAUUUCUGCUUCUGCCCCCAAGCCAGAAGUGCAACAGAAAUGAAGAAACCCAACUUACUGAACUUAAACCUCAGAAACUUUCAAUUCAGCUUUUGGAUAAAGUUUCACAACCAGGCAAAACUCAGGUUUUACUCAAGUGACUUGCUCAUUAACUGACACCAUGGCA